AUGAGUGAAAUAGCGGGUUCGUCGUCGUCUGCUUCGAGAUCCUAUCCUCACAUAAGUCCAGAGGCGAGAAGUCGAGAUUUAGUCUUUUCAGCACAUAAACCGAUACCCGAUAGACCCAUAGGAUUACUAAGACAGGGUGGAACAAAGGCGCCAGGGGUUCUUGAAAAUCUAGAAAAACCCGAAGUGCCCGAAAAUUAUGAAAAUGACGCGUGGUUGAAGCUUCAGGCGGCUGUUAAAGCCAUACUUUCACAUCGGCCCAUUGAAGAAAGUCUUGAAGAGCUUUAUAAGGAUUGCAAAAAUCUUUGUUCUCAUAAAAUGGCAGCUUCAUUAUAUUCCAAGUUAUUUAACGAAAUAGAAUCACAUGUGACAGAAGAACGGAAUAAGCUAGUUACAAAUCCUGCAAAAGAAGAAGCAUUUCUUUUUGUGAUAAAUAAUUGUUGGGAGAUUUAUUGUUCACAAAUGCAACUGAUUAGAAGUAUCUUCCUGUAUCUCGAUCGAACUUAUGUGUUCAAUGCGCAAGGACUUGCUUCAAUUUGGGAUAAGGGUUUACAGUUAUUUCGGAAACAUAUUAUGGUACACGUUGAGGUGGGGAGAAAAGUUCUAGAAGGUACACUUGGUCUAAUUAGAAUCGAAAGGGAUGGUUUUAUUGUUAACCGUACGCUAGUUAAAACCUUAAUAUCAAUGUACAGCGAAUUACACAUCUAUUAUUCAAGGUUCGAAGUAAAUUUUCUCACAGAAUCUCGUGAAUAUUAUAAGAACGAAGGAAGGAAACUUGUAAAAGAUUUAACUGUGCCAAAGUACCUUUUACAUGUCAUGUCUCGCUUGCAAAAGGAAUCGAAGAUAGCUAAGUAUUAUUUGGAGGAUAAAACGUCAACACCUUUAAUAAAGGUUGUUGAAGAUGAAUUGAUCAAGAAGCAUGUCGAGAUCAUUCUCUCAAAAGGAUUUGAAGAGAUGAUGUAUGCCGAGAGGAAAGCAUCGGUUCAUGAGACCUCUAAGAAAAGUCAUUUAUCAAAUUUAUACAGUCUCUUGUCAAGAGUAAAUUCACUUGAUCGCUUACGCACGUAUUUUGGAAAUUAUAUUAAGAAGACUGGCAUGGAUAUAGUAAAUGAUCCAAUUGUCGACGAUCCAAAGCAAGAUUUGGUCAUCGUUGAAGAACUUUUGGUUUUCAAAGACAGAAUUGAUGAUAUAGUGCAAGGUCCAUUUGUUGGCGACUAUAACUUUGAACAGACACUGAAAGAAGGAUUUGAGACUUUCAUUAACCAACGCAACCAUAAGCCUGCUGAACUUAUUGCUAAAUACAUUGAUAGAAAGCUAAAGAUAGGCAAUAAGAAAAUGAGCGACAAGGAAAUCGAAAAAACUUUGAAUUCUGCUUUAGUUUUGUUCAGAUAUAUUCAAGGCAAAGAUGUAUUCGAGGGAUUCUAUAAGCGGGAUCUCGCCAAACGUCUCUUAAUGAAUAAAUGCGCCUCUGAUGAUUAUGAAAGGAGUAUGUUGAUCAAUGUGGACCAGGAUAUACUAAUAACCUUGAACAGAUGUUCAAAGAUAUCAAUACUUCGCGAUUCUAAGCAUGGUGAAGAAUUUAGGGAGAAUUUUAAGAUUGAUUUACAUGUAAAUGCCUUAACCCAAGUGGCUUGGCCUUCAUAUUCUCCAGCACCGCUGAUCCUCCCACCUAAUGUUGCCCAAUGUCAAAGAAUCUACGAGACAUUUUACAGAGAGAAGGCAAGGGGCAAAGGGUUAAAGUGGUAUAACAAUCUAGGGCAUUGUGUAUUGUCAGCGUAUUAUCCCAAUGGAAACAAAGAAUUUGAAGUUACCUUAUUCCAAGCUGUAGUCCUACUAUUAUUUGCUGAAUUAACAUCAAGUGCAAAGCGAUCUUAUGAGGAAAUAAAAGAAGCAACAGGAAUGGAGGAGAAAGAACUUAGACGUACGCUUAUAACUUUGACGUACGGAAAAGUGAGACUUCUAAUUAAACAUCCAAAAGGAAAAGAUAUCAACACGACUGACCAAUUUUCUGUUGACGAUAAUUUUUCCAAUAAAUACUUUCGUAUUAAAAUCAAUACUAUCCAAAUGGAGAGAACGAUGGAAGAAAAUCAACAAACCGUUGAACGCGCAUUCCUGGAACGUCAUUAUCAAAUAGACGCUUGCGCUGUGCGUAUCAUGAAGAUGCGUAAAUCACUCACUUACACAGAAUUGACUACCGAACUUUUAGGACUACUGACAUUUAACGCCGAGGUACAAGAUAUAAAAAAACGCAUCGAAACAUUGAUUGAUCGUGAGUAUUUAGAGAGAGACAAAGACGAUCCUUCAAAGAUUAAAUAUUUGGCUUAG